CAUCUCUCCUUUUAUUAAUAAGCAGAAUUGGCGAAAGACGUCGAUCUAUGAUAUAUUUGAGAAACAUAAGUCAAAGGCUAGUGAGGGUUGUAACAACUUUUGUAAUCUGACAAGUGACAUGGGAUGUGAAGCCACGAAAAUAGAAGACUGGCAAAAAUGUAUGCUUUCUCCAAACUUUAAAUUCAUGCCACUUCUGGCCGAUUUUGAAUAUAUCUACCCGUUUGAGGUAGAUUAUCUGAGCUAUCCGCCAAUGACAGACAGUAGGCAGUUACCAAACGUGUCCCUGUCGAAAGUUUACAUGGAUGGAGCUGCCAAUGGAGAAAUAUCGUGUGCCAUUAAUGAUACUUUGAGAGGUCGAGUGGAUUUAGUUGAUGACUUCGGUAAACACAGAACUAUUGGAGGAGAUGAGGUCAGAGUCUGGAUGGUGGAUAAGCAAACACAGACUUACAAAGCUGCAGGUCACGUGACAGACUUGAGAAACGGAAGUUACCAGAUUUCUGUCAGAUGUCUGUGGCCAGGCAAAAGUCAGUUGAACGUGGCCGUUGCUUAUCCAAGAGAGUAUCUUCGAGUGGUCAUUCAACACAUCCACAAAGGGAUUGGGUGGUAUUACGCUGUAAAGUUCAGGAGGCAGAACAUUGAAGAGGUGACAGUCUGCUCAGCAACGCCCAACAUUCCCGGAAGGUCAUGUGUCUGUAAUUUGACUUCAGUCAACCAGCAGUCAUUGUACUGUGGGCGUCCUGUUGACUCCAGGUUAACCUGCGAGGACUGGGUUGAAACGUUCUCCUUGCCUAUUCCGCCACCUCAUAAUGUGACACCCGCAGAGAAUAACCUUAUCAAAACGAUUCCAAGGCCGAUUUCUGAGAGAACCAUAUCUCACAAUAUAACCAUUGUCGCAAAAAGUACAGGUCAGUUGCCGAAACUUAAACCUUGCUCCGAAACAAGCCCUGCUUCGACUUGGGACACAGAAUAUCAACCUCAAGGAUACUGGACUUCUAACAACUGGCAGUCUUUGAUAUGUGAGAGACCAAAGAUGACGGCGGCAUGGACAAUAUCUUGUCUCAAGAAUUCAAGCGUGUGGGUUUUUGGGGAUUCAAAUGGUGUACGUUUGGUUGGAGUAACUUCGGCAUUGACUCAAGCUGAAAAACGUACAGAGACUUGGCCGGAACAGUUCAUUAAGACAGAUCAGCAAAAUGGAAUCCAUUUUAUAUUUACUCCUUUAGAAUACCCAGUUUAUCUAGGUCAAGCCUGGCGUCGACGUCUGCCUUAUGGAGGAGUGGCGAAGCAAAUCGACCAGAUUCCUUCCAACGGCACGCAUUUACUGAUGAUUCACUAUUACCUUCAUAUAACGCCUUCACAUCUCAAUAUUGCUUAUCUUCGGUUGACAGCAGUGCGUGACGCCAUCCAACGGUUGCUUGCCAGGAAUCCAAACGUGGUUGUAGGAAUACGAGGCCCGCACGUUUCUUCUGUUGAAUUAAAUUUCAACCACGCCGUUGGGGGAGACAAUCUAGGAAGGUAUUUGUUAGCGAUGACACGGCACGUAUUUGUUGACCUUAUGCAUAAAGUUAUACUUCUCGAUGGCUGGGAAAUGACUGUAGCGUUAGAGAAUAGCUGGUAUCACCCCGUCAACACGGUCCCGGCUGAGUUAGUGAGAACACUGUUGGCAUUCAAAUGUUCAUAA